UUGUCGCCGGGUUCCUUUUGUUCUCGCACACACACACACACACACAUACACACAUAUAUCUGUAAAAAUUGCACGAAUUAUACUUGCGCAAUUCGGUUCUGCGAUGCAGCGAAUUUUUAACGAGUGUUCGAUAAAUUGCGAUACGUUUAGUCGCGCGCGUAACGUAACGGUAUCGGUUGUAAUAUCGGUUCGGUGAAAACCCGACAUCUCUUUCUCUCUCUUCCCCCCCCCCCUCUUUCUCUCUCUCUCUCUCUCACUUUGGCAUUUCUCGUACGGCGCACUGGGAAUUAGCUCGUGGCCGUAACCCCUCAUUUACGCAACAAACGAGCUAGUUUCUUUGUUGCGCCCCGCGAACGAUUGCUUGGCUUUCGUCGGUUCAGCGAUACACGGCGUGCAAAUUCAAAGCGUUGCGUUGUCGACCGCGAUAGCGAUAGGGUUGCGAGAGGAGAAAAUCUCGGACUCUCCUCCGAUAAUUCGCGGCUUAGCUCCCCGAUGCAUUACGCGCAACUUGGUCGUUCUUUCCCCACCUUUUCUUUCCCCGUUUUUGUCUCUUCGCCGCAAUGAAUCGUCGUACGUAAGCAGUUAGAGAGACGCACGGUUCCUCCUUCGCUUCCCUAAAAGUUGGCCACUUCGUGACAAACACUCGUCUUCCUCGUCGACGUUAACCCAUGCAGUGUGAAUCCUGCUCGGAGCGGAGCGGUGACGUCACACCACGUGUGUCUUCUUCGUCGACGAAUGCGUUCCUGCUGGCCACACGCGAUGAGCUUCUCGAUUAGUGCAUCUAGUGUGCGUGGCCGUGGUUAUCCGGUUACACGUUGCCCCUCGCCGAACAGUCCGAUGGAGAUCAAGCAAUCGCCCAUUCCGGACAAUCUCGGUCGGUCGUUCAAAGAGUAAGACUGUGUGGUCCUGAAGUCGAUCAGACGAAUCAAUCGGUGCCUGGUAAUUUUUUAGAAGACAGAUGUAAAAGGUUGCCUUUCGUUCUCUUUCCUCCGACGUUACGUUCGAGAGACGUCCGGAACAAUUGGUCGGGAAAAAAAAUACGGAAUAAUCCAUGUGAAAUUUUUACGAGUUCUUUCCGCGUGUGUGAACAACGAUCACCAGCGAUGAAAUUCCAUUCUCAGCAAUCGGUCAAGAUGAUAUUAGCCUCUAAAUUGCAGACAUGUGUUGGUACGUCCUUCUGUUAGCCUUGGUGCAACACGCUGUUGCAAGUUCCCUCAAAGAACACCAGCUGCCGUUAUUCCAGCCGUCCCAAGAAGCCAGCACGUACGGUGGCGGCGCCGGGUGUUGCUCCUCCUGCCAAUUCAAAGAUACGCGCUAUAUGGAACGUGUCUGCGAGGGAACGAGUCCUUUCAUGACGCUCAUCCAAAAUGCCAUAUCUUCCAGAUGCGACAUCGCCGAUCCCUGCCGACGGAUGGGCACGGACGAGGUGCCGAGUGAGAACGAAUGGUACGACUUUGUAAUCGUGGGUGCCGGCACGGCGGGAUCGAUAAUCGCGCGGAGAUUGAGCGAUAACCCAUGGCGGAAGGUUCUACUUAUCGAGGCCGGCCCGGAAGAGCCGACGAUGACGGCUAUACCGGGGCUCGCGUUCAACGCUGUCAACACGUCUCUCGAUUGGAACUUCAAGACGGAACCGACAUCACCGCAUCCAACCGCUUGUUUGGAGACCGACGGCGUGUGCACUUGGCCGAGGGGCAAGAUGGUAGCCGGCACCGGCGGUUUCCACGGGAUGAUGUACGUCCGAGGUCAUCCUGAGAUCUACAACCGUUGGGCGAGAGCGGGCAAUCCGGGCUGGUCCUACGACGAAAUCGUCCACUACUUCGAACGGUUGGAGAAUCCGGCCGACCCGACGAUCUUGUCGGAUAAGUUUAGGAGCGUAAAGGAGAGCGGUCCGAUGAACAUUCAGUACUACCCGCACAGGCCGGAGUUCACGGACGUGUUGCUGAACGCCGCCAGCGAGCUCGGCUACAGGACCUCGCGGCUGAAGGAGUACAGCCAGACCGGUUUCAUGGUCGCGCCGAUGACAAUCGAGAACGGUAUGCGGAGCACGACCUCGAGGGCGUACUUGAGGCCUGUUCACGACCGCAGGAACUUGCGGGUGCUGAUAAACGCGCAAGUGACGAGGAUCCUGAUCAGCGAUUGGGAGAAGAGGGCUUACGGAGUGGAGCUGGUGGACAAGAACGGUCGCAAGCGGAUGAUCAAGUGCGGCAAGGAGGUGAUCUUGACAGCGGGAGCGGUCGGUUCGCCGCAUAUCCUCAUGAAUUCCGGCGUGGGUCCUGAGAAGGACCUCAACAGGCUCGGCAUCAGAGUGCACCAAGAUCUGCCGGUCGGCGAGAAUUUGCACAAUCAUGUGUCGGUGGCGGUGCCCAUGAGCAUCAGGGACAACCCGUACGAGGUUAUAACGAUAGACGCGGUGAACGAAUACUUGGAAAAAAAGAUGGGUCCGUUGGCCAGCACCGGCAUCACUCAGGUCACCGCCUUCCUCGAGAGCAGCUACGCGACUAACGGCAUGCCAGACAUUCAGGUGUUCUUCGACGGCUUCAGCUCCACCUGUCCGAAGACUGGUCUGCCCAACGAGUGCAACGGCAGAAUCGCCAACUGCCCGACUAGGAGGAACAUCGUGGCGAGACCUACGGUGGUCUACGCGGAGAGUCGAGGCGACAUGAAACUCCGCUCGUCCGAUCCCAUGGACCCACCGCUCAUCUAUCCGAAUUACUUCACGAACGAGAAGGACCUGACCGUUCUGCUCGAAGGGAUCAAGAAGGUCGUGAAGCUCGUUGACACGUCCACCAUGAAGAAGUGGGACCUCCGUUUGGAGCAAGUGAGAAGUCCGUUGUGCCAAGAUUUUCACUUCGGCACCGACGCCUUCUGGAAGUGCCAGAUACGGGCAGAGACCGGUCCGGAGAAUCAUCAGUCUGGCACGUGCAAGAUGGGACCCGGUACUGACCCAACCGCGGUAGUCGACUCGGAACUUCGGGUACACGGUAUACCAAACAUUCGCGUCGCCGACGCUUCUAUCUUCCCCAUCGUGCCAAACUCGAAUCCGAUCGCUGGUAUCAUGAUGGUGGCUGAGAAAGCAGCCGAUAUGAUUAACAACAGCUGGCCGCUGCAAUCUUGAACGUACACGAAUUCUGGUAUAUCAAGUUGUAAUAUAUAUUUUUUACGGUUGAUCAAUAAAACAAAUUUCUUUGAAUUAAUCGACCUUCUUUAAAUAAAUCAAGAGAGAGAUUUUGGAUUCUUUGGGCGCUACGAAAAACGCAGUGAUGAAGUACUUCUACGAUGGAAAUCCAGGUGAAUUAUACUAAAUAAA